AUGGCGCCGGAGCCGGAGCCGGAGGACGGGAGGGAGCUCUACGCGCUGCUGCACCUCUCGCCGGAAUCCUCCGACGAGGAAAUCCGCAGGGCAUACCGCCAGUUCGCGCAAAUCUACCACCCCGACAAGUACCAGGACGCCCAGAUGAAGGAUGUAGCAACUGAAAACUUCCAACGGAUACGUGAUGCAUAUGAGAUACUAUCGGAUGAGAACAAAAGACAGAUCUAUGAUAUUUAUGGCAUGGAAGGUUUAAAUUCUGGUCUGGAACUUGGUCCCAAGUUAAAUAAACCCGAAGAAAUCAAACGACAGUUGGAAGAGCUGCGACGGCGUAAGGAGGAAGAGAAACUUUUCGUUCAUGCUCGAUCCACUGGAUCAAUCCUAGCUAAUAUCUCAGUGCCACAAUAUUUAGAUGGUGACGGCAUCAUGGGAGGAAUGGGAAUGUCUAGUGAAAUUGAGCUGCCAGUAUCCAAGCAAAACACUGUCACUGUUGGUGGAAAUUUGGUCGUCAAUGGUACGACUGGAUCUGGUGCAGCAACUGCUGUGCUGCGCCAUCAGCUGUCUUCUGUGUCUUCGAUAGACUUUAUGGCAACAGCUGGACUACGUUCCCUUAUUGGAGUACAGACAUUUCGUCAGAUUUCACCAAAUUCAACAGCAACUUCUGGAAUUGCUCUCUCAUUGAGAGACGGAUCUGUUAAUCUGUCAAAUGGCUGGACUCGCCAAUUAUCUGAAGACACUGUUGGCAAUAUACAACUUGUCCUUGGUACUGAAUCAAAUAUAUCUGUCGGAUGGCAAAAGAAGGAUGAAAAAAGGUCUGCUGCAGGAGAAAUAAAGUUUGGUACUAAUUCAUUUGGGGCGUCUGCUCAUUACACCCAUCGUUUCUCCUCAAAGUCCCAUGGUCGUAUUGCUGGUAGAGUUGGAAGCACGGCCCUUGAUUUUGAAAUUGGAGGAGGAAGACGGAUAUCAGAGUUCAGUACUGUAAGGAUGCUCUAUAAUAUAGGAAUCCAGGGUGUCACUUGGAAAUUUGAGUUGAAUCGUGCUGGGCAAAAGUUAGUUAUCCCAGUCUUGCUUUCAACUGACUUCAAUGCGUUAUUCGUCACCGGCGCAUUUGCUAUUCCUUCAACUCUAUAUUUUCUACUUCAGACAUAUGUUGUGAAGCCUUAUUAUCUAAGGCGAGAAAAGCAGAAGACACUUGAAAAAAUGGAUAGCUUGUCUACACAGCUAACAGAAGCUAGACAAGCAGCUAAGAAGUCACAAAGAUUGCUGGAACCUGUCUCUAAUCGCAAGAAGAAUAAACAGCAGGAGAGUGAUGGUCUGGUAAUCACAAAAGCUCUGUAUGGCAAUCAUAAAAAGGUCAAAGAGAGUAGUCAAUUGAGUGAGAUAGAUGAUAACGUGGCUUCACAAGUAUUAGAUGUGACAAUCCCACUCAACUUCCUCGUGACCGAGGCAGGUCAGCUCAAGCUUCACGAGGGGAUAAAGAAGUCUGGAAUAAUGGGCUUCUAUGAUCCUUGCCCCGGAGAUCCGAAGCUACUGCUCGUCGAAUACAUCUUUCAUGGUCGGCAAUACAAGGUAAUGGCAGAUGAUUACGGUGCACUGUCGAUACCACAAGACAUUCAUGAGAUUUGA